AUGUUAGAAAGCUAUUCAUUUGGGAAUAUCGAAAGCGACUUUUUAUUAGUGGACAAUGUGACAGAUAAAAUAUGCAAUUCAUGCUCACAUGCUCUUAUAUCAACUCCAGCCAUUAUUCAAGCAUCAAAAUCUGGCUUUUCAUUUCUACAUCUUCAGUGCUACAAUCCAAUUAAUUCAACAUAUAUAUUUGAUUAUAACUAUUUGUCCACUCUUUCAAAUGACUCAGAUAUCUCAACAUUCAAUCAAUGAUUAAACAAUAUAAAUAGGCAACAUCCUAUCUUAAACAAGCCACAAAAACUAGAUAUUAGAGUAGAAACCAAGUUGUCAAGAACUCUUAAAGAAAUUUAUAAAUAUUUCACAAUAGAAGAACUUAUGAUAUUGAGAAGAGUAUCAAAAGAAUGAUACACAAUAUUUUUAUCAAAAGAAAUUUGGUUAUAUUUGCUUAGAAGAGACUACUUUAUGGAUACUGGACAAAUUAUUGAUCCGUUUGAGGUUUAUUUUGGGAAUUUAUUAAAUCAUUGCUAUUUUUGUCAUAAAUCUUCUUAUUCUAGUGCUCUAUGCCCUCUGCUAUUGAGAAAAAUAUGCAAAAAAUGCCAAUGCCAUGCAGAUGAUCCCUAUCAUAAAUGCGGCUUGAUAAAUAAAAAUAAUGCAAAAUUUUGAUACAAAAUAAAUGACAAGUGAUUGCAAGACAAUAAAAUAAGGUUCUGAAAAAUAGCAAGCGGAGAAGAAAUUACUUAUAAUUGGCUGAUUCAGAGAAAGAUUAAUGUAGGCAAAAAGGAAUAA